AUGUCUCUGUGGUCCCGGCCACCUAUUUCGCGGACACUGCCGCCUCAUAUUUACGCUGGCGUUUCGUCCAUUUUGCACUUUGUCUCAUCCAUGACGAAUAAAGAUAUCAGUAAACUGGAUGAAGAGAUUUCCGACUUUCUCAGCAUUCUUCGCAUGCCAGAAGAAGAGAAUACCGAUGAUUAUAAGGAAGUAGUGAUGGCGCUCAUAGUAGCCGUUUAUUUCCUUGUCCUUGCUCGCCGACGCAGUCCCAGCCCGGGCACUGCAGCAAUCAACACAAACAAUGUCGAUGCCGCCGCGGCAACAAGUCCCGGUGGUCGUCCGCCAACAUCUCCAUCCAAGGAAGGAGAAGCUCGCAAAAUGGACAAGAAAACCUUUUCCGAAAUGCGACAAACCGCCCUGUCUAGUCUAGGACUAUCUUCAGGCGACAGACGGCAUGCUGAAGAUGUUGAUUCAUGGAUUGCCCUGAUUAUGGGCCAACAAUGGGCCAAAGGGCAGGAGUGGUUUGAUAAUAUUCCGAUGGCUGGCGAAAGAGAAGAAGAGUUUGGAAAUGAAUCUAAUCCUGAUGGUGAUGACGAGGGGGGUGAUAUCCGGGGCUCCAAAAGGACGAAUAUCUUUUUACAUGCUGGUAAGGACGAAGAAGGUUUGUUGUUACCUGGUCUCGGUACGAUGAUGCAGGAUCGAGUUGAUUAUUUGAGCGAAAAUCGAAGAGAAGACUAUUUAGAGUGGAAGGCAGAUAUGUUACAGAGGAUAAGCAAGAUGAAGAAAAUGGCUAACAGCAACAGAGGUAGUAGUAAGGCGGUUGCUACAGCCUAA